AUGGUAGACUCCAGGAGGGUUUUGGUUUUUUCUGUUCCUCCCCCCAUCCAGAGCUACUGUCUUGGUUUUGGUGCAAACCUUGCAUCCGUCCAUUCACUUGAGCAGUAUAAUUGGCUGAGAAGCAUGAUUAAAGGUGUAACUCAGGGGAAUCCAGAAACAUGGAUUGGAGGCUCUGACUGCCAACAGGUAUAUUUUAUUUACUGUUACAAAACAUCAUUUUGGAGUGAUGGUACUCCUUUCAAAUACAGUUUCUGGGGCCCUGGACAGCCUGACAAUAGUGGUGGUGGCCAGGACUGUCUUCAAAUGAACUGGGGAGAUGUGAGGACGACUCCGCCCAGUGUUGGACCUCUAGUGUUCUGUGGAGCUGGUCUCACAGUCGGUCUGCUCGGUGUGGCAGCUGGAAUCUUCUUCUUUAUCAAAGGACACAAGCGCAGCUGA